AUGUUCCACAUCGUGAGCGCCUCGUCGCCAGUGCCCUCGGAGAUCUUUGCGCUCCUUGCGCUGCUUGUCAUAUCCGUCAUCGUCCUCCUGAUUCUACGCCAUUUUCUGCCCCUGCGAACAACACCGGCCUUCUACCUGGUGCCCAUCUUUUUCGCACUAUGGCUGCCUGCAUGUAUGGUGCUGCUUGUGCCCAUCGACCUGGCUUCGAGCGCUAGGACCGACGAUGAGGCCACGCGCGGUGUCUGGCUCCCACAGCGGCUUCUGUUUAUCCUUCCCAUCCUCGGCGAAUACUCCGACUCCGGCUACCGCGAACCGAACGACAGUCUGAAGUACGCGCUUCGUCAAAACGCUCAAUACCAUGCGAUGGUACUAGGAACUGCUGCUAUUGGACUUGCAUAUCUUGUCAUCAGAUACAACUUCAAUCCCACAACGCUCAAGACAUCUUUCAUGGCACUCGCAUAUUUCUAUGGCUUGGUGUUUGCCAUCUAUCUUAUGGGACACGGCCUGGUUGCAGUUCCUCGUCGACUUUUCCGGUAUUCAUCCAUCAGCGGGAGACUACGCAGGCUACAGAUCCGUGCGCCGAAACUGUACGAAAAGAUGGAAGACUCCCUACUGAACCUGGAAGAUGUCGAACUGCAGGUGUCCGAGCUGAGCCGCCGUAAGACUGGUAGUGCUGUCAAGUUCAGCGAGUGGAUCGAUGAGCUCGUUGAAUCCGCCAGCAUGCCCGAGUCCCAGCCCCGGACGGCUGUCGGGUCUGUCGAAAGCCGCGCUCUGCCGACGGUCAUCACGGAGAAGUUCAUGGCAGACUUGUCGAGAAAACUGAUGCGCGCCCGGCAUGCUCGGUCUCGUUACGUGAACGACUGGAACGACUUGUUGAAGGAGGCAUCGGACGCACAGGCUAUUCUGGACUCGGCCGCCUCGAAGAAGCUUGAAUUUGGCGCACCCUCCCCCCACGCCGGAUUCUGGGAUCGAUUCACCAUCCACACACCUUACACGCGAUACCUGUACUACUACCAUUUUGAGCCGUAUGCAUGCAUUGCUCUCGGGGCCUUCCUUUCGGUGGCAUCGGCUCUUAUCAUCUGGUCUGAAGUGAUCAAGGCGGCAUUCCCUCAACUCUCUGUUAUCCGCCUGACAGUCGUGCACCACUGGGUCGGAGACAAAGGACAAGUCGGAUUUGCUGGGCAACUCAUUUCUGUUCUUUGGCUUCUGUACAUGUGUGCAGCAACCUUUAUCACCAUGACAGAGGUGAAGACGUGGCGAGGACGUGCGCUUGUUAGACGCAACACUGCUUACGAAUCGGCGUUCUGGUACUCCGGUCAAGUUGCCAAGCUCAGUGUCCCUCUGUCUUACAACUUUAUGACUUUCUUGUCCAGAGAUAUCUAUGAGAAGACGCGAUUCUAUGGCUUCCUCGGACAGCUUAUCGACUUCACCGCGCUGGGCCGUUGGGCAGACUACCUCUUCCCCAUCUUUGUACUACUCCCUGUUGCGGCCACUCUCUUUGGCUUGUAUUCGAAGAUCAAGCGCAUGUUCGGCUUCGGUGGCGAGUUCAUCGACGAUGACGACAACGUUGACGGAAGAGUCUUCGGAUCGGGUUCUUGGCGCGAGGGUCGAGAUCUCAUCGAGCGCGAGUUGGGCGGCAACUCUGCCUUGCGACGCCGUGAAGAGGCCUUUGCCAGGCUUGAAUCCGCCGGAAGAUCUGCUCCCGUUUUGACCAUACCUGGCGGACGAGCCGGUGCCGCGCCAUCCCCAGCAAGAUCCCCUGUUCGAGCCACUCACAACCAUCAACCCGGCCAGUCGGCUAGGAACAGACCGUACCGCGAUGACGAACCGGAGGAAGACCAGAACUUUUUCGAAUCACUGGGCCAUCGCAUGAAGAACACGAUGGACACAUUUGAAGCUCCACAGUGGUUUCAAGACAUCAAGAAACCCAAGUGGCUCGGCGGUGAUGAUGACGAGCCAGGCAGCAGCAGUGGUAGUGCUGCGAGAGGCGGUAGUGGCGGCGUCGAGUCUGACAUUCGACGCUGGUUUGGCGGCGAGGGUCGCGUUCGACUCUGA